CCGCUCGUCUCUGGCUAGCCUGAGCUGAACCCUGUCAAGCCCAGCUGAGCUCAGAAGUGUCGCUAUAAAAGCACUUUCCCCCGAGUCGGGGAAUAUUCUUAAUCUUGAAGCUGACACUCCCCCGCGGUAGCCUUGAUUACAUGCCAAGAUGGGCUCCAAGCGACUAAUUAUCUGCUGCGAUGGCACUUGGCAGGAUGCGACAGACGACGACCGACAACCCCCUUCCAACGUGACGCGGCUCUCGCGCGCCCUAAAACGGACAGCCACCGUCAAGGAAAACGGAGUGACGCGCGAGAUCCCCCAGAUUGUGUACUACCAAAAGGGGGUAGGGACUGGGCUAGGCGAUAAAUAUUUUGGAGGCGUCACAGGCGUCGGCUUAAGCGCAAACGUCCGCGCAGCCUACGGCUUCCUCGCAGAAAACUACGAAGAGGGCGACAAGAUCUACUUCUUCGGUUUCUCCCGCGGUGCAUACACCGCACGCGCCGUUGCCGGUCUCGUCUGUGACCUGGGCCUCCUCACAACACGCGGCAUGGACAAUUUCUCCAACGUCUACAAUGACUUCUAUAAUCGCAAGAAAGAAGCCUACACACCCGCGGAACGCGCACAGCUCGGAUUCCGACCUCCCUUACCCCGAUUCACUGUCGAGGUCAUUGGUGUCUGGGAUACCGUUGCGUUCCACAAGCCGUGGUUGGGCCAGUGGUUUGGCGAGCAGCUCGAGUUUAGGAAUACCCUCCUCUCCCGUGAAGUUAAGUAUGCGUACCAUGCGCUUGCGCUCGAUGAGGAACGCACAGCGUACCAGCCGACGCUGUGGCAUCAGCCGGAUAACUCUGAGGGGACGGAGCUACUGCAGGUGUGGUUCUCGGGCGUGCAUACGGACAUUGGUGGGGGCGCAGAUGAUCCCCGGUUGUCGAAUAUCCCACUCGCGUGGAUGAUCGCGCAGUGUUCGAAACAUAAUCAGCUCGAGUUCGAUAUCCCGGGAUAUCUUUUUGAUAUUCCGCCCCACCCUGCGACUCGCGAUACGGGGCCCUGGACGACGAUGCUCGGUAAGAUCCCGCGGAACGGGUUCAUGCGCAAGGUUGAGAAUUGGGUCGGCGGGACGUCUGUACGUACGCCGCUGGCGUAUGAUCAACCGGGCACUGAGCAGAGAGCAACAAACGAAUGUAUCCAUGUUUCGAUCCGCGAUCGCGUGCUUGGGAAGCUGACGGCCAGUUCUCCGAAGGGCGCUGUGCAGUGGACAUCACCGGUUGUCGCUGCAAACACGAGCGAUUGGACUCGAAAGGUCUGGAAGUUGAAGGGUGGAGGUGAACUUUUCGAGGCUAUCCCGCUGGAUGCGGAGUUUGAGAUGAAGGGGAGGAUCCGGACAGUUCAUUGGGAUGCUGUUGAUCAGAUGGAGAAGAAGGAGUAAAGGGUCGCGUAUGGCCAUAUCUAUACGGAUGGAUAUUGUCUUGACACACCUGUUUUGGACAUUUUGCUGCUUUUGCAUGUUGGCAUAUAUACGAUUUGGUUUCGGCCUACUGAAUUAUGAUAUUGCGCUUCGUUGUUCGGUGCCUCUUUGGUUGAUAAUAGCCCUUGUUGGAUCUUUCUUUGACGCCUGCCUGUACAAUCCACCGGACCCUAAUCCUGUGUUCUUUGUCCCGCAAACCAUAAGACGAACGUUGGAUCCCAUAUCUUGCUA